UAUAAAAACUCUAGCCCUUUACGAUGAUCACCCAGAACACAACGUAUGUGGAGUUGCCAAUGAUCUGGCUCACAUCGACACUAGCAGUGAAAUUGAGGCCUAUCAGGGAAAGAUGUUCCUGAAAGAUGCACUUCACGACGCAGAUGUAGUAUUAAUAUGUGGAGGAUGCUGCAUUCAGCCUCCAUGCUGUAACAGUCUGGACCGUGAUCUGUUCUUUUACAACAUGCAACACGUUAGAACAAGUACGCUUGCGUGUGCGCAGUUUUGUCCUCAAGCUAUCCUUGCUGUUCAGACGCCACCAGUAGACUGCAAUUAUGCGUUAUGUGCUCAUACUCUGAAAGUCGCAGGCGUGUACGAUAAGCGAAAAGUAUUAGGAGUGAAUGCGAUCAACGCUAUGAGAGCCAAUCAGCUAUUCUGCUCAAUCACUGGCGCUGAUCCAUCCAAAAACCAAACCCCAGUGAUCUGCGGGACCGGCAGAUGUACCAGGGUACCAGUCUUCUCUGCUGCUAAGGCGGGAAAUUUUCCUCAGACCCAAGUGGAUUGUUUGACUCGUCUGGUGCGAGAGGCUGACGAAAUCAUUUGCAAAGUGAAAAGCAACACAGAGCAGGGACAUCUCUCUAUUGGCUUCUCAACGGCCCGAUGCGUUAUCAAUAUUAUGCGGGGUCUUUUCGAGGGACCGACAUUUAUAGAUAGCGCGCUGGUCGAACAAGGUGAUCCAGGAAAAUGUUAUGGCAUGCCAGUAUGUGCUACCCCUAUCACAGUUGGCAAAAAUGGUGUUGAGGGCUAUGCUGUUCCCAAUCUUAACGAAUUUGAGAAGCGGCUCUUGGAGGACUCCAAAUGUGACUUAGAAGAUAUGUUAAACCUAGGCCGUUGUUACGCGGUGGGUGACGAGUAUUAUCUACAUCCGCAAAAAACGUGUCCGUGUAUCGAAUGGCGACCCUGUCAAAUCUGCGAACCGAAAAAGGCCGUCAAGCAGAAAUAGCAUUCUUACGUUACACGUGUAAACAAUAAACAUAUCAGAAAUGUUAUAAGUAAAUUAAUUUGUAAAAAAGUUUUUAUAAGUCACUUGUUCAAAUUCUUCUUGUUCAAAAUCUAUCUAUAUAUGUAACAAUAAAUAUAUAAUUAUAUACCUAUAGACAAUUUUUGUUUGAAAAAGAAUUGUUUGUGUACCAAAUAAAUCGUCAUAGUCGUAGAAUAGUGACGGAUCUGACAAAUAGUACCUAAACUUUACAGGGCAGCCAUUUCAAAAUAAUAUAACCAUUUUAGUUUUUGUUCAUAUUCUGUUAUUAAGAAAAUUGCAAACAAAAGGGUAUUUUUUGGAACACAAUAAAAAUAGUAAGCUUAAAUUACUUAG